AUACAGUAUAUCGAUUCAGUUUUAGCACUGUCGGACAACGUACAUAUUUCGUUCGCGUUUUUCGCACAGUUAAUUCGUGCCUUCUUUUUUUUGUGUGAAAUUUUCUGUGACUUAUCGGCUUACAUUCGUUGUAUGUUCGUUGUUUUUCUGAAAUUAGGCCACAGUUUUCGAGCGCGUGGAGUUCACGACUUUCCAUUCACGAUGAGAUCGUUGCCGGGUCUCUCUACACAGUGUACGAUUAUAAAAAUGCAGUUCUAUGAACACGUUUGACAAUCAGUCAGAAUUAUGGCGCUAACUGUCGUUCCUUCGACCCGCGUUUUUAAUGGAAACGUGGGAACGCAGGCAUACGUUUCCGUCUCGACAGGCUCGAAAUGUCUCUGCUGUCCUUAUGGAUAUCACAUCGAUCUGGAUUUUGUGCGCUAUUGCGAGGCCGUCGCGGCCGGAAGUGCCAGCGAUAGAUUCAGUACGGAGAGACGCAGGAAACGAGAACGCCGUAGACAAUGUCAGUCAAUGGAGGUUCUUCUAGGCCUGGUGAGUCCAGCAUUGGCGAGUAUAGAAGCUGAAUUAACGAAAAUACCGCAAGAAUGUACGACUGUGAACAGCGUUACUACAUUAUCAAAAUCGAAUCAUCCGUCGCCACCGAGACAGCGGACAGAUUCGCGUCCCACGCCAGUUUUGGACCUUAGCGACGUCGUAGACGACUUUGAAGCGACUCUUGAACGAUCCUCGAAAUCAUCAAAGACUUCUGAACGUCGAUUCUUCGUGGAGAUUGAUGGCAUGAAUGGAACAGCAUCGGUGCAAAAUGCGGUUCAGUUGGCAGAUUCCGACAACGCCAGCGUCGGAAGCGGCAACUCGAACCUCAGUACUGGUGCGCUUCAGAAUAUCAGAGAACAAAUGGCGGUGUCUCUGGAAAGAAUGAAGGAGCUGGAGGAACAGGUCAAGGCGAUUCCCAUGCUACAGGUGCAAGUCUCGGUAUUGAAAGAAGAGAAACGUAAUCUCUUACGACAAGUAGAUGAACUAAGUAAAACAAAUUCUCGCCACGACACCCUGCAUAGGCAUCGUAGUCAAUCGUUCUCAGAACAGCACGCCACCGUUCUGCGAAAUGUGAAGACCACAGGAAUCAUAUAUACCAGAGACAUGGGAACCAUGUGUGGUGUAAUGACGAGAGACAUCGGGGUGUCACAUCAACAGGUUCGGACGAGAGAUGUCGGCAUGAUAACGAGCACGCCAAUCAAACCAUCUUUGCAGAAAAGUCAACUACGAAUCGAGGAGAUCAUGCCUGAAAUUCAAGAUGAAAGUACCGUGAUGGAGGAUGAAACGCCAGUGAGUUUUACGAAUUUUUGCGACUCCCAGCAUCAUAAUUGGAAAUCCAAUCGUAAUCAAUUGAUAUUGGAAGAAAUUCUGCCAGAAGUGCGGAAAAGACAUCUAAUGACAUCUAAUGCUCCCCUUCAUAUGGAAUCGAUACCAUUUAACCAGAAUGAUUCAAUCAAUUGCAAAAGCGAAAAAAAAAUGCGUAACUUUGGCACUAACACUGAAAACAGACCUAGGAUUCUCCAGUAUAAUCAUUUCUUGAUUGAGGACAUCCCGCCGGAAGCGAAGAAAGAAAUAAGAAUGCGUUCUUGCGGUACAACGACAAGCUUGAGUAUGAAAGACAUCUUGACGAGUGAGGAUACUAAACUGCUCGUGGAAGACGCUCUGAGGAGUUAUAGAAGUAACUUGAUGAAAAACACUUCUUCCAAGAGCAUUCAAUGUAUCCUAGAAACAUUAAAACUCGAGAAACGAGAUUAUGCGGUCCAAGUAGCCGAAUUGUUUAAGAUGCGUUCGCAUGUGAGUAUAACCGCUAAGCCAUCAGUAACGGAGAUCGGAAUAGAGGUCAAACUCGAUCCAUCUACCAAAAAUAUAUGUGUCGGACCCGAUCCCGUGGUGGCACAAUCACCGGUGUCGUUAAAUUCGAUGAACUCAAGGAGUCACUCGUUCAACUACGGCGACACAAAGACUAAGAUGAGAGCCAACAAAUCGGUGGCGGUAACGGUGGAUGACUUGGUGAAAACUAUCACUCGAGGCACUGACACUUUCGGCCUCACACCAAAAUGCCGAGAUUUUGGCACCUCGACAAUGAAGAAGAAUUUCGUUGAUGUAUCGGUUGGUGAUUCCGUUAGACCACAUAUCUCAAUCUCUUGCGCAGCUAAUUAUUGCGAUAAUUGCAAGGAGACGAUUAAGAGUAUAGCGAAACAGAUCGCGAACAAUGCAGAGAACAGUCUAAAUCAUCAGAAUAGCAAUAUGAUAUCCAGAAUUCCGAGACCAUCUCAUAUUUCCUUGAACACCACCGGUGAUCACAGGAAGCAGUUUAAGCGUCAAGAUACAUACACGAAAAUAUCAGCCGUUGGCGUAAUAAAAUAUGAUACGGAUAACAAGGAGCAAUACGAUAAUAGCAAUCGCAUUCAGCAAUUACAAACUGAAAAAAACAAACAUGAAAAAAUUGUAUCAAAAGAAAUGUGUAAUAUGGAAAAGGAGGUGGAUAAUGAGGAAAAGUCUGAGCUAUUGGAAUCAACUUUAUUUCAACCAAUUCAAAAUAAACCUAGGAAGAAAGUUGAGCCCUCAAAAGAGAUGCAAGCUGCCAUGAAAGUACUCAAUGAUAAUAUUAAAAAAUCGCCUGGUAGAAACAUUUCUCAUCAGCUUAAAAAUGCUACUAAUAUCAUACAACAAGAAUGGUUCAAGAUAUCCAGUACAUCUAGCGCAAAUCCAUUAGAUGUCGAGGAUUAUUUGGACCGAUUUGAAGAGUACUCUAGUACUCUGCUGGAAUACAUUGUCAACAUGACAGAUACCAGUGGUAAUACAGCAAUGCAUUAUGCAGUUUCUCAUGGCAAUUUCGAUGUAGUAUCUAUACUGUUAGACUCGAAAGUUUGCGACAUCAACAAGGCAAACAUUGCUGGUUAUACAGCUGUGAUGUUGGCUGCCUUGGCAGAAGUCAGGAAUUCCACACACCGUUCUGUGGCAAAUAGAUUGUUCCAACUUGCUGAUGUCAACAUUCGUGCAAAAUUGCAUGGACAAACUGCGUUGAUGCUAGCAGUAUCGCACGGACGUAAAGAUAUGACGCAGUUGCUAUUAGAUGCUGGAGCGGCAGUUAAUAUCCAGGACGAAGAUGGUAGUACUGCUUUGAUGUGUGCAGCGGAACAUGGUCACACCGACAUCGUGAGGUUGCUUCUUGCGCAUCCUGAUUGUGAUCCGUCUAUUGUUGACGUUGACGGUAGUUCGGCCCUGAAGAUCGCUCUCGAGGCGGGAAACCGGGAUAUCGGAGUGCUACUUUAUGCUCACGAGCACGUUAAUCGAGGCACUAGCCCAUAUUCGACUUUGAGGCGAAGCAGAAGAGGUUCCAAGCCGACAACGCCCACUGGACCAUCUCCAUCGGCUCCGACUAGCCCAGCGCCAUCGCGGCGUCUUCAUUCAUCCAACAUUUCUUUAAAUACAUCGAAAUAUCCCACUAAAUAAUUCGAUAAUUAUUCUUCUCUUCUCCAUCUAUCAUGAGUUUUCUUUUCACGGAUAUUAUUUGACGCAUAAUAAUGAUAGUAAUUAGGACGUACAAACUGCUGCAAAAAAUAGAAACAGAAAACAAAACUUUGCAUUUAAAUGUAUAACUUUUAUCGUCUUUAAUUUUUUUAUAUUGUUAUAAAUUAUAACACAUGCAUAUACAGUGAAGAAAUAUGACAAUACAUUGAAGCUUUUUUUUGUCUAAUGAUCGAUUCGUUUUAACAGAAUUGUGUCAUAUAAUUUACCAAGGAUCAUGCUCAAUGUAUAUAUCUAUUCAGGGUAACAUUAGAGAAAAUCUUGUACUUUAAUUUGUAGCAGUAAUUUUUAAUAUAAUCAUUGUAGAUAUUUAGACAAAUGUUUGAUGAAGCUUUCAUAUCCUUUGUAAAUUUGAUAACUUUGUGUAACACACCCUUGAAGCACAAUUUUUCUCUUAGGCAGGGUAUGAAAGUACUAAUCAAUAUUCAUGAUGAUACAAAUCACAGCAAAAAAUUAAGCGAUUCUUUUUUUUAUUCUGUGGCAUUAAACAUUCCAAAACAAAUGAUCUGAAUUUUUUAUGAUAUAUAAUACACACAGGUUUCAAGCCUAAUCUCGAAUUACUUCUUGGGAUCAAAUCGUUAACAAAAUAAUCUUAUAUCAAUAUACAUAGGAAAAUAUUACGUGAUACAUUCUACACAGCAUAUCCAAAAAACGUUUAGAGGACAUUCCAAAAACAUCUUUGAACAAUAGGAUGUUUUUGGAAUGUUCUCUGAAUUUUUUGAGUAUACAUACUAUGUGGAAUAUUAAUAGAUGUAUAUUAUAGCAACAUGAAAUUUUUUAUGAUUGGAUGAUUUAUGAUGUUUUUAUUCACGAGUAAUAUACUCGUCACUGUUCUAUAUUGAAGAAGAAAAAAUGUUAGAUAGCGAAUUGUAUACAUAGAGAUAGUAGAUCUUUAAGCAUAAAUGUCGAAGAAUUUAUGAAAAAAAUUAUGUUUUUAAAGUUGUUGUCGGCUUUCAUAUUGAGAACUUUAUAUUAUAUAUGUAAGUAAUAUCUAGAUAUAUAAAUAUGAAUAUAUUUAAUCUCGAAUUCCGAACAAAUUGUCAACACAAAUAUUAACAAUAAUUGUGUUGUAUUCAUGUGAAAAAAGAACAAAUAUAUUGAGCGAUUUUCUUAUAAGGUUGUGAAUAGAUGUAAUUAUUUAAGUUCAAGAGAUCAAAGAUUUGGGUUAAUAAUAUCGUGUUUUUCGCUAUCUUCAAAAAUAAUUCUAGAAUGAUUGUUUUUUUAGAAAGUGUGUUAUGAUUAUCCGUAUAUUGCAAAAGGUAGGGCAAUAAUGCAUGAAAUCAUAUAUAUCAUAGAAAUCUAAAAUGUAAUGAAGAGUAUCUCUUAUUGUUUGUUGUGCCUUUAUAUUUAUCACCUAAUUAGUAAUAAACUGGGAAAUAUAACGAUUUUAAAUACAA